CACACACACACACACACACGCAGUCGCGGCUGCCUCCGCGCAGGCUUCUUACGCGUGCCAAUGCUCGGACCGUCCGCCAGCGCACAGCUGCUCAGCCCCGACUCACCGGGCACCGCGGACGCCUCGGGGACUCGUUGAGACGCCCGGGACUCGCUGUCUUUAAGCCGAACUCAGCAGUUUGCGGACAGAAGCGCACCGGGACCGCAACGCCAGGAUGUGCGGCAUGGGCGUGGACUUGGAGGAGAGCAGCUCAGGCGAGGAGGAGAAGGACCAGGAGGAGUACGGGAUGGGGGAGGGUGUGAGGAUGCUGCUGCCCCCGCCCCCGGCGCACAGCGAGGAGGGCGCCUGGGGUGCCCGCCGGGGACCCGCCGCCUGCCUGGCCUGGGGGGCGGGGCUGGUGCUGUGGAAUGUGGGCGUGGCCACGGCCUGCCUGCUGGUCCUGGCCGCCGUGUUCGCCCUGGUGCUGCUGCCCGUCGCGCUGCUGCUCUACGCCGGCUUCCUCUGCCACUCACGCGUCAUGAACUCUCAAGCCAGUCUCUGCCAGUACCUGGAAGACAACAGCUGCUCUGCUCUCAUAAUCCUGGGUUUUGUGAUGAUGUCACCACUGGUGGUGGUCGCUGCGGCGACCUUCUGUGGCUUGGCACGCAGGCUCCGCCUCUUCCUGCUCUUCCAGCCCAUCGCACGCGCUUGUUACCGUGGAGAGAGGUGCUGGGUCUGGGGUGGAGAUGUUAGGGCCUGGGUGUAGGAGAGCGCUUGUUCUGAGCCCUGGGGCCCAUGGUUCCCAAGCAAGGGGGGGGGGGCGCUAAUGAUGGCUGCUGUGUCAUUUAUCCCAAUCACAGCUCCUCUACUGAUGUGAUCGUUGUUUGCAGGGACUGAAAAUGACUCAAAUGACUUCAAGACACUCAUUGAUCUAGUAUAGGAUUUCGAUACGAGCCAUUAAUUAUGAGGGAAGGUUUCUCACAGGAAUUGGGGAUGAAAUGACUGUAAGUCUUUGGGAGUCAGUCACCUACUUUUGGCCAGUAAAAAUAAUGCAUAAUCACUCGAAGAAAAAAAACAUCAAGAUGUGCUUUUACCGCAUAGGCAGGAAUAAUAACACUAGGUCAGAAAAGAAUGGAAGUAUCAUUUGACGCUCGCUCAGAGCGGCACGGAACAGUGUUGGGUCAAAGCUUCUCAUCAGUUCCUUGUAAGUUUUAUUCCCUCAAGCUGGCUGAAGUAAGUAGUUUAGCCCUUACUUAGUUCAGGUGUUAUACUGCGAAUAGGAUCAGCGGGAGAUUUUUGGGUUCUCAUAUACACUACCAGUCAAAAGCUUUGGCAUACCACCGGUUUGUACCACUUUCCCAUUUAUUUCAUAAACUGCAGAUUUUUUAUCCUUCUUAAGCAUUGGGAAGUCGAGUGAACAACUAUAAAUCAACAUAUAAGUCAAAUAAAAUAAGCUUCCUUUAUAACAUGGAAAGAAUAUGUAAUGGUGCAUGUCUGACACUCUAUUAAUUGGUCGUUUGGUGAUGGCAUAGUCAAAUUCUAGGCUGUCUUUUAACUUUAAAUGCCGUAGUUAAUUGUAUCAUCCCAUGAAACAGCGCGGUAUUUAAUGUCCCGUGUAGAAAGAAUGCCUCGAAUCUUCUCUGCUGUUGUAACUGCUAGAGGAGGUUACUUUGAUGAAUCAAAGAUAUGACAUUUUCUUGCUAAUAAAGGUACUCAAAUGGUGAACAUACUGCACAUUUAUUUGUUAACAAAGAAUAUUGAGUGUAUUUUUCGUAAAUGUUAAGUGAGUAACAUGCAAACGUAGAAAAUCUCAGCGUGUGCAAAAAAUCGUUUGACUGGUAGUGUAGCCUGUAGCUGAUGGGCCUGAUUCAUGUGAGAUGUGUCCAUUAAUCCCAGUCGCCAGGCAGUUUAAUUGUGCUUCAGAACCACGUUCUGCAUUGUAGCUGUAUUUUCCGAAAGUCACAUUUGACCACGAACCCCUUUCCCCGUGAUGCUGGUGUUACACACUCACCACAACGCCUCUGCUGUGGAAGAUCAGAGGGGGAUUUAAAUAACUAAAAAUGUUUUGUUUUGCUAUUCUCUGCUGUACCGAUGAUAGAUGUGAGGUUCCCUGUUUACUUUUUACAUCUCACAGUCUGCUGGUGUACCUGUAUAUCUGUCACUGUGGAUAUAAAUAAAC